AUGACUGCGGACAUAAAUAAAGGUCCCUUUUUAGGCCAACGCCAUUUGCAAGUAUUUCUACUCUUCAGCUCUAUCGCGGUGAAUUAUAUACCAAAAUACAGCGCUAGCGUUACCGUAGUUGCUAUGACCGAUGCCGCGACUACAAAUCCUAACUUUCCGGAAUAUAACUGGAGCGAUAUGGAGAAGUCGUAUAUCCUUUCAAGCUUCUUUUGGGGCUACUUUGUGACACAGUUUCCGGGCGGUUAUUUAUGUCGCCGCUUUGGCGCCAAACGCACUCUACUCGUUUCCACAUUGGGUUCAUCGUUCUUUGGCCUUCUACCACCAUUCUGUGUCAGUUGGGGUGGUUGGGGUAUUUACUGUGGCAUUCGCGUUGUUCAAGGCCUUUUCCAAGGAUUUAUGUUUCCCUGUGUGCAUGCCCAUCUGGCCGCAUGGUGUCCGGUAAAUGAACGUAAUCGGCUGGGCGCUUUGGCGAAUACGGGCAUCGAAUGCGGUACACUACUCUCGAUGUUUUUGAGUGGUAUAAUUGCUGCUUCCAGUAUAGGUUGGCCGGGCCUCUUUUAUGUCACCGGUGGCAUUGGUUUGGUUUGGUGCGUUGCUUGGAUCUUUCUGGCGGCCAAUCAACCAAGCGAAUCAAAAUUCAUUACAAAAGCCGAACUCAACUAUAUCGAUGCCUUGAAGGAUAUGAGCAAAGAAGUAGAAGCGGGUGAAGUGGAGCGUAAAGUUCCGGUGCCAUGGCAUGCUAUCUUAACAUCGCUACCGCUUUGGGCUUUGGUUGUGGUGCGUUCUGCACAUUCAUGGGGUUUCUCUACACUGCAGGCGGAAAUUCCAUCCUACAUGAAAGGUGUACUAAAUAUGGAUAUGAAGAAGAAUGCUCUCUACUCGGCGCUACCUUAUUUGGCCAUGUGGACCAUGUCCUAUGUGUAUCUCAUUGUAUCGGAUGUGCUGCUGAAUCGCAAAAUUCUUUCGCUCACUGCCAUACGUAAGACUUUCAACUCAUUGGCUCUCUGGUUGCCGGCAAUUGGACUUAUAGGUGUGGGAUUCUUGGAUCAGGAUCAGAAGACUUUGGCCAUUGUAUUGAUGACCGCAAAUGUGGGCAUAAAUGCUGGCUCUACUAUCGGCAGUGCAUUGAAUACAAUCGACUUAUCACCCAAUUAUGCGGGAAUUUUAAUGGGCAUCGUGAAUUCGGCGGCGAAUGUGGUACCUAUACUAACGCCACUGUUGGUCGGCGUGAUUGUGUCGGAGGAGAAUAACCGCGCGCAGUGGCAGAUAGUGUUCAUUAUCGCUGCCAUAGUAUUUGGAUUGGGAAACUUAUUCUACUUAAUUUUUGGUAAAAUGGAGGUACAGCCCUGGGAUGAUGUAAAUUUCUUGUUGCCUAAAGAUGCGAGUAAUAUUGAUGCAACAGAGAAAUGUGAGAAAUCUGUAGAGAGUGAAAAGCCAAAAAGUGUGGAACCUGAGAAAUUAGCGAAUUAA